AUGGCUUCUGCUAUAAACUUACCCGCUUUAUCCCUCUGUAAACCCCCCAAAUUUAUCAACCCUGCAACGCGCUUUUCUCAACGUGAUUAUCAAUUAAGCAGCAUCAGAACAAGCAUUCAAUCAAAAAGCUACACAAAGAGAGCAGUAACCGUCUCUGUGUUGCCACUGGGCGUUGAUCCUUGGGCACCUUCCAUUGAUUCACAGAGCAUCGCUUCUCAACUAUUCGCGUUUUCUUUGUUUCCUUACAUUGGUUUCUUGUACUUUCUUACCAAAUCCAAAACUUCCCCUAACCUCACACUCUUCGGUUUCUACUUUCUGCUUGCGUUUGUUGGUGCCACAAUUCCAGCUGGAAUAUAUGCUAAGGUGCAUUAUGGAACUUCUUUGUCCAACGUGGAUUGGUUACAUGGUGGAGCUGAGUCCCUUCUCACUCUCACUAAUUUGUUCAUCGUGUUGGGUUUGAGAGAGGGUAUCAGAAAAGCUGAAAAUACGGAGGAAAACACGCCUACUCCCGACUCUGGAUUGAAGGAGGAGAAGUAA